UGUGCAGCGCCGAUGGCGGGCCGGGUGGCGCCCAGAGCUGAGGGGAGGAAGGUUCCAGGCGGAACGGGAGCUUCCGGGAGCGGUGAGCGGGGAAGCGGGCCGGACCGGACCGGACCGGGUUGAGUGAGGUGGAGGAUGAAGAAGGAGCAGGUGGUGCACUGCCAGUUCUCCGUGUGGUACCCGCUCUUCAGGGCCGUCACCAUCCGCAGUGUUAUACUUCCUCUACCAGAUAAUGUGAAAGAAUAUUUGCUGGAUGAUGGAACACUUGUGGUUUCUGGAAGAGAAGACCCACCAAGUCAUGCUCAGGAGAGAAGUGAUGACGCAGAGGAAAUACAGUGGUCGGAUGAUGAGAAUACUACAACACUUAAGGCACCAGAAUUUCCUGAAUUCACAGCUAAAGUUCAAGAAGCAAUAAGUUCCUUGGGUGGUAGUGUUUUUCCUAAACUUAACUGGAGUGCUCCAAGGGAUGCCUACUGGAUAGCAAUGAACAGCUCUCUGAAAUGUAAAGCUCUCAGUGACAUCUUCCUCCUCUUCAAGAGUUCAGACUUCAUUACGCGUGACCUCACUCAGCCAUUUAUUCACUGUGCUGAUGAUUCCCCUGAUCCUUCCUUGAACUAUGAGCUUGUUCUUCGCAAAUGGUGUGAACUAAUCCCUGGUGCAGAAUUCAGAUGCUUUGUCAAGGAAAACAAGCUUAUCGGUAUAUCACAGAGGGACUACACUCAAUAUUAUGAUCAUAUCUCUAAGCAACAUGAGGAGAUCUGUAGAUCAAUACAGGAGUUUUUCGAGAAACACAUACAGUAUAAAUUCUUGGAUGAAGACUUUGUUUUUGAUGUUUACAGAGACAGCAGGGGUAAGAUUUGGUUAAUAGAUUUUAACCCAUUUGGUGAAGUAACAGACUCAUUGCUCUUUACGUGGGAAGAACUGACCUCUGGGAAAAACUUGAAAGGAGACCAGAGUGAAGGGGAAGCAACAGACCAGGACUACCCAGUUUUCCGUUGUACGAACAGUAAAGUUACUGUCCAGCCUAGUCCAUACCUGAGUUACCGACUGCCGAAAGAUUUUGUGGACCUUUCUACAGGAGAGGAUGUUCACAAAUUAAUCGACUUUCUUAAACUGAAAAGAAAUCAGCAAGACGAUGACUGAGGUAUCAAGAAGGAUUACACUGAAUUACAAGCAAGAAAAGUGGCAAAAGCUAUAUUUAUCAUAACUAUUAAGCUAUUGAUGUAAAGAAAACCUGCUUUUUAUAGUCAAUGAAAGAACUGAAGAGCUGCUCGUCCUGUGUGUCUGUUGGUUUAUGUAAAAGAGCAGAAAAGCUUUUUCAGGGAACCAUGAAAGGUCAGGGUGAGUUCUCACUGGAUUCCAGGUUAAACACAACUUUUCCAUGGUGCGGGCAAGCAGCAAUCCGAGUGCAACUGAACAGCCGCUUUCCCAUCUCAUAAUGUGAAGACUGGUGCCAUGGAAGUUCGCCAUCGGACUCUUCCACGAUAAAUAUGACAACGUGUAAUGCUUGUGCCGUUAAAACAUCAAGCAUUCUCUGAAUUUAGGCACAGUCUUUCUUAAAAUAUAGUAUAGUCACAAGGAAAGAAAGGAAUGUACAUUUUUUCUCUGUAGUAACCUUUUAAAAUUGUAAAUUAACUUUGUUUUGGGGGCACUUCUCAUCCUUCCUUUAUGUAAAAUAAGAAAAAAAAGUGGAGAAAGGUUUUUGGUUUUUUUUUUUUCUUUAAGAGGGCUAAUACUUCAUUUCAGAGAACAGCUAUAGCUAUAGUAGACUAAUUAAGGUUUGAAAAAUUUGCACUUCAGGAAUCUGAAAUUCUGAAUGCAUUUCAAGUAAAAUAGUAUUUUCACAGCAGCUGAAGCUAUGAAAUUUGUUAAACCUCACCAAAUUUUAUUUCACUUUCUUAGUAAAGCUUUCUUGAAACUUUUUUUUUUUUUACAUCAUUACAUACCAGACAUCAGAUGUGGCUUUCAUAUAAAUAGUUAAACAUAACAUCAACCGGUAAUUUUAUGUGUGGACUCGGUCUUGUUUCUUUUGUAGCACAUCUCUGAGUUUCUUAAGAAAAUGAUUACUCUUUCAGCUCUUAAAAUUCUGUAUUCAUUUAGUACUUCUUCAUGUUCUUUGUAUAAAAGGAAGCUUGACUAAAUUUGGGGAAAGAGAAGCUCUUGUUAUUGAUUGCUGUUAUUGUGGGGGGUGGGGGGGGCCAAUUUCAGACAAAGAACCAACUAACUUGGAUGUAGGCGUUUGCAUGGCGUCAGUAAUUCGUUAAGAGUGUGCACAAUUCCUGUUGGAACGAAAGGACGUUUGGAGGUGCUCACAGCCCCUGGAAAUUGGCUCCUAUUUCGAACCAGUUAUGUGAUACUUUGUGUGUGUAUAAAAGCUGUUCGUGUUUCUUUGCCUUGCUUUUGCUGGCAAAUUGAUAUGGUGCUCAGUUACAAUCUCUUCUUAAAUGUUAAAUCUGAGCUUAGAUGUUAAAUUAUUACUUACUGUGUCUAUUUAGCCUCAGUUCUGAAUGAACACUUACUCUCGUUAAAGAUUAUGCAGAUUAAGAAUCCAGUUCUACUAAAUACAUUGAUGAAACAUCACAGAUGACAGCUCCUGGCGUCUGAGACUACAGGAUCUGCCCUACCUUUUUUGUCUGAAGCGGUGGAAUCUCCUUCUUAGCUUUUUGUACACAAAUUAAAUGAUCACUAGCCCAGGGCUGGGCUAUACCUAGUCCUGCCAUACUGCUGGACUUUGGAUGAGUUUUUCUCACCCUUAUCAGAGAGAAUAUUUGAAUGUAAAUGUCUCUAAAUCACGUAGGAACUUCCAAAACAUAAAAAGUCAACAAAGCUUUCCUUUUUCUUUUAAAGCUUCUAGCCAUGGCUUAAACUAUUGUGAUGAUCUAACCACACUUCCCCACUAACCACAUAGAUAACGCCCUGGAAUUUCCAGCAGCUUCAUUAAAUGCUUCUGAACUACAGAUUAUUGUCUUUAAAAAAUACCGAGUCUUGGUUUAAAGCCACAAGAUAGUUUCCUGCGUCCUUUUUGUGGUCUUUGCUAGAUAAUUUACCAUUAUCACAGCUUUCUGUGCUGGAUAUUCACCGGCACAUAGAUGGUAUCGGGACCAGUUUGAUGGGACCCUAUACACUCUAGGGUGUCCCUUUAGGGGAGUAGGCUGGAGCCCCGUAGCCUUUUAACAGUCCUUUACGCUGGCCCAGGUUGCCCAGAGAGGUGAGAGAUGCCCCCUCCCUGCAAGCGUUCAAGGUCAGGUCGGACAGGGCUCUGAGCAACCUGAUCUAAUGCAAGAUGGCCCUGCUCACUGCAGGGACGUUGGACUAGAUGGCCUUUAAAGGUCUCUUCCAACCCAAACCAUUCUAUGACUUUAUUAUUUGUCCUGAAAAGGGUGUCACCAAGUGAACUGACUGUAAUCAGUGCAGAGCCCUUAGACUUGCUGGCAGCUUUCAUAUGUUUGCAAGAGCUGCAGUCUUCUGUGGGUGCUCUGCACUUGUAGUUGAGCUCUUCUAGGACAGAUUGCGGUGGAAUCAGACACUGGCCAAGCACCUGGCUCCCUAAAUGGCUUUGCUUGUUGCUAGCCUCUGCUGGCCUUUAGUUAAAGGACCUCCGUAGUAGCAUGCCGUGCUGCUCCUGUCUCCUACCCAGCACCCUCUGUCACAGCCUACACCUCCAUCCCCCAUCAGUUUCACCAGCUCUUUAACAUACUCAAAGAGUUGUCUUUAUAGUCAUAUGCUAGUGAUAGGGGAAUUCAAAGUUUGUUUUUCUCCCCUAUGAUUUGCUAACAGAUGAGCAAUCUGAAUUAAUGGACUGCUCAGCCAAGCUAUCAAACACUGAUAACUAACUUUAUUUCAGAGUUGCAGGAAUUUAAUGCCACUUACUCUGGGCUUAGUCUUAAUGAAGACCAUAAAAGGUAGCAGAGCAAAAAUACUAGUUCAGGUUCUGAUACAGAAAGAGUCCCCACUAUAAAAAUCUGUUCUACGUAAUCAGAUUCACAAAAAUAUCAUAUCCUUACAGUUUAAAUACAUAUUUUAUGUUUACUUUGCUGCUUUCUCCAACUUCAGGUUACCAGAUGUUGAUUUUUUUUUUUUGUCUGCUAGAUUAAAGAUUCCCCUUCAAAAUGAAUUUUCAUGCCAUAUGACCUUUUGAUCUGUGAGGAUAAUUAACAAACUUAUUCCUCUUGGGAAGGUGAGGAAGCUAACGUUGAUACAUUAAAAAUGCUUCAGAUCAGUUUUAAACUGAAUAGUAUAUGACUGUUUUAAUUCUGUUUCAGGUCCUCAUAAAAUCAGUUUCUGCCUCUAGACAUCAUACAGAAAUUUGAAGAUACAAAAUCCCAGUUGUUCAAGUCCUUAUUCAUGUGAUUCAAUCAUAUGAUCACGACUUGCUGAGUAAGGGCUAACUAUACACUAUGUAUUCUUAGUUAUAUGCUUAAAACAUCAUAUAAAGGUACUUGUCACCUAGAUAACAAACAUGAGAGGUUUCGGAGGGAUGCAGCAUGCAGCAUUAUAUGGAUCAUACGCUUGCCAGACUCUUAAGUCUGGCUGUGUCUGAUGGCUGGAGUGUAGUGAGUGUAGUCCAAGCUCAGUUCUUGGACGGCAGCUCUGCCAGGAGCGCCAAAGAAGAGCCUUUGUUGUUUCCCAGCCAAUGCUUGCGAUAUUUAAUCUCCCAGAUGCAUACUGGAGGUCAGGAUUCCAGUAACCCCGUAAGCAGUAGUUAUUAACGUGUACUGGCUUAGUUUGGGAUUUGGAAUAAUGCUCCUGUACUUCUGGGCUGCAGACUGACUCUUCUGUUUGUACUCCUUUGGCUCCUCUUUUUCCAGUGUUGUCUUGGUUUUUCUUGACUCACCGCUCUAACUUUUGGGCGGAUGUUAAGAAAGAGAUUUUCUGAGUGGUGCUCUAUAAUAUCUGAAAAGAAACCCUAAAAGUACUGGAAUGAUAGCCGGCUCUGAGUCUCAGUAAAAUGAACAGCACUUGUUGGAUUUUUGUCACCGUGUAUGGCUUGUAAAAUCCUCGUAACUGCAUCUGAUGUUCUUAGCUAGGAAUUUCACGUAUCUCUUGUUGCUGAUGUUCAGGAUGCAGUGCUGGCCAGAAGAAAGGUACCCAGUGAGAUGCUGUUCAGAUGCCCGUUUAAGCAACAUAGACUAUUAGACUAAACUGUCAUGGUUUCAGGCUUUCAAGAGAGCAUUGCCAGAUGAAAGGAUUCCAAAAUAAAUCAGUGGAGACAGACCUGUGUAAAAAUACCUCUGGUACCUGUGUGCACGAGUGAAUUAGUUUAGCUUUCACAAACUGUCCCAAAUCUGAAGUGUCAAGUAGCUGGAGAAGACCAGGGGGCGUCUGUCAGUGAGUAUAAAUGGGCGAACCAACCUGGCAACUGGUAAAUAAUUUCAACCUGAGAGGCCGAGGUUAUACAAUUCAGGUUAUGUCUGGGUAGCAAAUCUGUCACUUCAAUAAAUAAUAUUGAACUAAAAUACCUACUUUUGGCUAAGAGAAGAUGGGCCUUAAAGUGUAAUACCGAGACAGACCAUAGUGCUUUUGAUUCAUGAUGGAUAUGGUAAUGCUGGUAUCUAGAGGCUUAAUAAAUCCAUCUUAACAACAGAAGUUUGCCUGAAUGUUGAAUUAACACUGUCUUUAUUUCUGUUUGAAUUCGGUGACCACUGUAAAGAGAAAUUCUCCAACUUGUGGUCAUCCUGAAAUU